AUAUUGUCAUCUCAAACGUCAUGCAUUCGCCUCUUCCUAUUUAAAUAUUGCCAAAUCCCCAAUGCUAUGUACCACUACUCAUUUCUAGUCAAGAUUAUAGAAGAUCUGCUGCAAUAAUAUUUUUAUUAUUAUACCUCACACACUGCCAGAAAAUGGUUCGUCCUCACGUCCUCCUCGUAACCUUUCCUGCACAAGGGCAUCUCAAUCCACUGCUUACAUUUGCCAAGACCCUUGUCAGAAAUGGCAUUGAAGUUACCUUUUCAACUGGUUUAUAUGCCCAGCAACGGAUAGCCAAAGCUGCCGGCGAUGUCACCAACGACAUUACUUUUACGGCAUUCUCUGAUGAUGGGUGCAAACCCAGUGAAGAUCACGAUCAAUACAUGAAAGAGAUCAGAAAUCGCAGUUCCAACACUAUAAGGAAAACGAUUCUCAGCAGUGCCGAGCAAGGCCGUCCAGUUACGUGCCUAGUUUAUAGUCUCCUGCUUCCAUGGGCUGCAGCGGUGGCACGUGAAAUGCAUGUCCCGAGUGCUCUUCUGUGGAUUCAGCCAACAACUGUGUUGGAUAUAUACUACUAUUAUUUCAAUGGCUAUGGUGAAGAAAUCACUAAUUCGUCGGAUGAUCCUUCCUGGAAAAUCCAGCUUCCUAGACUUCCAUUGCUAGCUAAACGUGAUCUUCCCUCCUUUGUGCUUCCUCCGAGCAGCGAUCACAAAGUUUUUGCGGUUUCUACGUGUAAAGAGCAUCUAGAAACAUUAGAUGCAGAAACAAAGCCAAAAGUUCUUGUGAAUUCAUUUGAUGCGCUAGAGCCUGAUGCACUUAAGGCGAUUGAACAUUACGAGUUAAUCGGGAUUGGACCCUUAAUUCCUUCUGCAUUCUUGGGUGGUGAAGAUCCGUCUGAUAAGUCUAUUGGUGGUGAUCUUUUUCAUCAAUCAGAGGAUUAUGUGCAAUGGUUGAACUCCAAGCCCGAUUCUUCUGUUGUUUAUCUGUCAUUUGGGACUAUUCUGAGGCUCCCGAAAGUUCAACUUGAGGAGAUUGCUAAAGGAUUACUCGAGUGUGGCCGACCCUUUCUGUGGGUCAUUCGAGUAAAAGAAAACCCAGAAGAAGAAAAAGAUGACGAUAAACUAAGUUGUCUAGUAGAAUUGGAAAAACUGGGAAAAAUAGUACCAUGGUGUUCCCAACUCGAUGUCCUAACACACCCCUCGGUGGGUUGUUUCGUGACACAUUGUGGAUGGAAUUCGACAUUGGAAUGUAUAUCAUGUGGUGUUCCCAUGGUGGCCUUUCCAUUCUGGGCUGAUCAAGGGACUAAUGCGAGGCUGAUACAAGAUGUGUGGAGGACAGGCCUAAGAGUGAAACCCAGAGAAGAUGGCACCGUUGAGAGCGACGAGAUCAAGAGGUGCAUUGAAACAAUAAUGGACGACGGAGAAAAAUGUCGAGAAUUGAGGGAGAAUGCUAGGAAAUGGAAAAAUACUGCAAGAGAAGCUAUGCAGGAGGAUGGAUCUUCCACUAAGAACUUGAAGGCUUUUGUUCAGGAACUUGGAGAUUUUCACUAGGAGGUGAUGCUGAAGAUUGAAGUCUGAUUCUUAUUUGAACCGUACUGUUCUUGAACCCUGCUGUUUGAACACGAACAGGUUUACUGUUAUUAUUAUUUAAGUAUUUCUUCAUUUAAUUAAGAAGGGUCUUUGACAGUAACGGUUUAUAUUUUAAGUUGAAUUAUUUAAGCAUUGUUAUGAUUUUGAUCGUCUUUUUUGUGAUUAUUGAAUAUAAAGACUCUUAAAGACGAUUUCUUCAAACAUUCUCAA